UCUUUCUGGAUGUGAGUCCAAACCGUCUGCAGUUCCUGACAGAGGAGUCCGUCUCUCUGCGCUGUGAGGAGGGACAGCAGAGCUCUGCUGGAUGGACAGUGAGGAGGACAGUGAAGGGGAGGACACAGAGGUGUGGUGACGGUGCAGGAGAUUUUGGGCGUCUUCACAAAUCCUCCUGCAUCAUCUCAGUCCUCUCCUCAUCGACGGACAGCGGAGUUUACUGGUGUGAAAACAACGACGGGCAGAAGAGUCCCGAGCUCAGCAUCACUGUGUCUGAUGUGAUCCUGGAGAUUCCCCUGCGUCCCGUGCAGACAGGAAGUGACAUCACACUGCGCUGCAGAGCCAGAGACGGGUCCGUAGGCAAAGCUUAUUUCUUCAUGAAUGGUGUCAAGCGUGGGUCGGGACAUAAAGGAGAAUUCACCAUCAGCAAAGUCAAACAGACUGAUGACGGGUUCUACUCUUGUUCCACCGACCUGAGCGGAUCGUCUUCGCAGAGCCGGCUGACGGUCAGAGAUCUUUCUCCUCCCACCACUCCCACCCCUCCCCACCACUCUACACUUUCUCCUGAUACUCUUCCUCCUCCUCCUCCUCCUCCCCACCACUCUACACCUUCUCCUGUUACUCCUCCUCCUCCGCCCUCCUCUCUCGCCUCCCUCCUCCUCCAGGUUGUGGCGGCUCUGGUCUCGCUGAUGGUUGUGGUUUUGUUCCUGGCUGGAGUUCUGCUGCUCUGUAGGAAACAAACGGGCCUGCCUGUGCAGCUGCUGUCAGGACUGGCAUUUUCUGCAGGCCUGGCUGUUCUGCUGCUGUCUGGACUGACCGUCUCUGCAGGCGUCUUCCCUCCUCCCUCUGUGUCGCUGCAGACACUGCUCUGCCAUCUAGUGGUCUUCUGUCCGUACUGCGUGUCCACUGUCCUAAUGAUAUCUAUCUACUGCAGCAGGAGGACAGGAAAGAAACGACCUGUCUCCAGUGAGAUGGCCAAGCGCAUCGCUAGUGAAGAUUAUGUCAACGUCACAGCUGAUGUCACCACUGAGCACGACUUCUGAGCUGAACGUGUUAAAGCAGUAAUCACAGUCAUCACUGAUCGUUCUGCUCCAGUUCUUUAUCUGAAUAUCACAAACUGACACAUCAACCCACAGAUUUUCAUGUUUUUUCACAGACUGACUAAAAAUCUCAAAUUUAUAUCUCUAAAAUAAAAUAUAAAGUUUCACAUUAAACUAGAGAAGAUGUCACAAUAAAAGUCCUGCUCUGGAUAUGUCACAUAACCAAGUCCAUCCUUAAUAAAGUCAAUGUUUUGCAGAGUCAAGCUGUUUUUU